AUGUUUAAUGCACGCCGGCCCGGCCGCGGUCACCUGCCUCUGCCUCCCCCGCCCCCGCCUACCCCUCCACCGCCCUACCUCUGGAGCCGAUUAUUGAUUCGCGCUGGGGCGCUGCAGCCGCCGCCCGGUCGCCAUGGCGACGGCUCCACCUGCGCGCCACACGACCGCCUCGACAGCGCAGUCCCAGGCACGGCCGGGGAAAACUCUGCGCGCGCCACGUCCACACAUGUUGGUAGGGCUGUUCGUAAGGUGCAGGAGGCUCCAACGGCUUCUCUCCAGAGAGCGGAGCCCGGAGAGCUCUGGAACUACUGUGCUGCCGCCGCGCCGGGCAGUGCUACGGUUUCCGGCCGCUCCGGCGCGGCGCUGCGCAUCUAUCGAACGGCCCGGGCCGGCAGCGGCGUGCGUGUUGUCCUCGCGUUGCCAUGGCAACAGCCCUCACCUGCCGCCGCGACACUCGGCCCCUUCCACGCCGCUCUGCGGGCGACGCCACUACCUCUCCCCCACCUCCGCCCGCAUGGCUCACCCCCCUCAUAUAACAUCGGACCAGCUUUGUGGAGUCAAUCGGCAGAAAUUAAAGCUCUGUCUGCCAAGCAUGAAGACCAGGCUGCCAAGCAAGAAGCUCAGGCUGCCAAGGAAGAAGCUCAGGCUGCCAAGCAAGAAGCUCAGGCUGCCGAGCAAGAAGCUCAGGCUGCCAAGCAAGAAGCUCAAGUGCAGCGCCGCGGCACGCACCCAAGUCCACACUGUAAGCGCGAAGGACGGCGUUACAUAAGGGCGGCCAGCAAGGUGGCGCAGCUACACCGGAACAUUGGCCUGGAGUUCGCGGAGGGCAAGUCCAUCCUGAUGUGUUAG